GCCGCCUCGGCUCAGUAACUACAUGGACAUUACCGACCACUGUGGCGCAACCACCGAGCCGGAGUGGAUUCAAACACCGUGAGUGUGGAGACAGACAGUCCGCAAACGCGCGUGUAACCGAGAAAGAAGCCUCCAAACUCGGUUAGAACAGUUUAUAGCCGCGGUGGAGAAGAGCUGAGCUGGAGGACUCCGCGGUGUCGAGCUUUGUGUCAGCCAGGCAAGCAGCGACUGCUCGGCGGGAAUGGCUUCGUCUCCGUGCGGCAACUUUGAUUCCGGGCUGGAGAUCAAAACUCGCUCGGUGGAGCAGACUCUUAUUCCUCUUGUGUCACAGAUCACAACACUCAUCAACCACAAAGACAAGCCCAAGAAGUCUGAGCGGACCCUGGCUGCCAUUCAUCGAGUGGGUCAGGCUGUCAGCGUGGCCGUGGGACGGUUUGUUGCUGUGGGGGAGGCCAUCGCCACCGAGAAUCAGGAGCUGAAGGAUGAAAUGGGUCAUGCUUGCUUCGAGGCACGCAGGGCAGGCGAGGCCAUCGCCCAGUUGACGGACGUGGGAUCAGCCUUGUCCUCCCACUCCGACGGACGCGUCACGGUCUUCAGCGACAGGACUGGGAUGGUGAAGGCUGCUCGCCUGCUGCUAUCCUCCGUCACCAAAGUCUUGGUGCUGGCUGACCGUAUUGUCAUCAAACAGAUAAUUGCAUCGAGAAACAAGGUUCUGGUUACGCUCGACCAUCUGGAAAGAGUCAGCACCUUCCAAGAGUUUGUUCAGAUUUUCAGCCAGUUUGGCAAUGAGAUGGUGGAGUUUGCCCACCUCACCGGAGACAGGCAGAAUGACUUGAAAGAUGAGAAGAAGAAAGCCCGAAUGGCAGCAGCAAGAGCAGUUCUGGAGAAGUGCACCAUGAUGCUCCUCACAGCCUCCAAGACUUGCCUUAGGCAUCCAGACUGCGAGUCAGCGCGGAUCAACAAAGACGCUGUGUUCCACCGAAUGCGCUGUGCCCUGGAGCAGGUCAUCGAGAUUGUGACUGAUGCUCGGAGCUCCGGGGAGAACAAGAUCCUCUCUGCGAGUAUCUACAACAGCAUCAAGGACUUCAAGUCAAGCGUAGAGUGCCUGAGGGAGAACUUGCACUCGCUGUCACCGCAGAGCGUGGGUGGCCAGCUGGAGGCGCUCGUGGAGCGGACGGAGGACUUCACAGAUUCAGCCUAUACCAGCCACGAGCAGCGCCAGGCCAUCCUGGGUCUGUGCCAGCUGGCACGCCAGGACUCUCAGCAGCUGGUGCAAGCCUGGACCGAAGCGCAGUCAAGUAAAGCCAAAGAGGCCACGGAGGAGAUGGAGGUGGCCAUCCUGAAGACUUGCCAAAGUGUCAACGACCUACGACGUGAGCUACAUAAGGUGGCAGUGGGACGAACAUCUGAUCUGCUGAAAGUUCACGGAGAGCAGUCGCCUCUGAGGGCACUGAAGACGGCUGGAGCCGAGGGAAACCUGGAGGAUGUAGCAGAAUAUUCACGCACAGUCACUGAGCAGAAGGAGCAGCUGGUGGAGAACUGUCGGCUUCUGUGUCACGUGUCGGGGACGGAGCCGCUGGAGAUCACGUGCAUUCAUGCUGAGGAGACUUUCCAUGUGAUUGGCCCGCAGAUCAUCUCAGCUGCACAGACUCUGGCUCUCCAUCCAUCCAGUAAGAUUGCAAAGGAGAACCUGGAGGUCUUCUGUGAGGCCUGGGAGUCUCAGCUCUGUGACAUGGCCCUGCUGCUCAGAGAAAUCAAUGACGUCUUUGAAGGCAAACGAGGUGACAAAAGACCUUACUUGUCACUUCCCAGGCCCGGGAAACACUCGGCUAAUUUGAAGACUGCCAAAGCUGUCAAGUUGGAUGCAGAGGAGCAGACCAGCAUGGCCAAACUGGGUCUGGAGCUCCGUCUGCUGUCAUCGGAUAUUGACACGGAGGUGGAAAAGUGGGACGACCAGGAAGUGGACAUCGUCCGGCAGAGCCAGAGUCUGGCCAGUAUGGCCUAUAAUAUGUACCUGUUCACCAGAGGGGAGGGGCUGCUGAAAACUACACUGGAUCUGUUUCAUCAAGCCGAGGUUCUGUCAGAGGAGGGGCUCCAGCUGUGCUCAUCUGUCCAAACUUUUUCAACCCAGCUGGUGGAUGAGGAAAAGUCAGUCGUGAUGACAGAAGUGGACAAACUGGUGACUUUGUGCCAGCAGCUGCAGGCUGGUGCCAGAACGCCUGUGCAGGGCAAGACUGCCACCUUCCAGAAGGUGGAUUCGUCAAUCCAGAAAACCAGAUCCAUCCUGACUGCUCUCCUCUCCCUCCUUCCUGUCUGCAACAAGCUCAACAGAAAGUAUAAGUCUGAGAGGAGCAGCCUGGGCUCCCCACAGGACUGGAAGGAGCGGCAGGACACGUCCACGCCGCUCACAGACAACGGGGUGCUCGCCGACAAAAAUGGAGAGGAGUUCGGGGUCAAGUCUCUGGAGCAGCACAUGCCAAGUCUGAGCAUCCUGGAGAGCAACUGAUCCAGGAAGUCAAGCUGCGACCGCACCCCUCUGUCACAGCGCAGCACAGCGCCAACCUCUUGAUCCAGGAAACACCUCCCGAACCGCCAUGUAGCCACCACCAGAGCAGGAUGUCAGACAGCUGCUCCCUCAGAGGAGACUCGCCACAGUCCACGAGACAAUCAGCCAAUGAACACCCUCCGUCAGUGCGGCGCACCACCCCCACCUGACUCUAGCUAUGAAGCCGCACCAGUCGUACAAGUGUGGACUUGGUGUUUUGUUUGUGUUGCUGUGUAACUGACACCAUGUAGCCCCCCACGUGAAUAACCACCAUAUCUCACUGUGCAUGGUCACCACCAGCUUGUAGCGUCAACACUGUAUAUUGUCCGCCGCCUUGCUGCUUCCUGUCCGUGAUCUGCAGAACACGUGGUCUCAUUUGAUAUAUCUGCUGUCUGCAUGUUCCUGACUCUGUGCCAUGUUGGUGAAAGAACGCUAGCAUCAUGCCAAAUCUUAUCGCCCUCACGGGGGCGCUGUGACCCUUUUAGAAACGUGAUCUCGAUCCACACUACUAAGGAUGCGUUGUUGCGCUCACACCACCACAUGAAUGACGUUUUAAGCUUAAACACAAAACGAAGUGCAAGAUUUUAUUUUCAGAAUUCAAGGGCUAAACAGUAUCCUGAAUUUGUGGAACCACUGUAAUAACCUAUAUCACAUAGGAGCCUGUUGUGAAUCUGAGAUGUUGCCAAACGUUUGUAAAGUAGUGUGGAUGUAAAUCUGUCCUCAUCCCUGAGGCUGUUUUGUUCAGUCAACACCUGAUGGAUCAUUAUGGAAAAGAAGGAUGAUAACAUAAGAGUCAAGGAGAUGCGAAAUGUGUCGACUGAUGUGGGCAACGGUACGUGACGCGCAGACACUGAUGGAGAGCUGUAAAGGAUGCUGUAGCCGUGUCACCUGAGGAAAUCAUAGCUAUAGUUUUGGACCAUUUAUUCGCUUCAUGAUCGAAAGAAAGUGAAAAAAAUAAACUAUUUUUUCUUAAA